GGAUCUAUUUCUGGCCUUAUAAGGUGGUCAACACCACGUGAUGAUGGUGACGCAGUAGUGAGCGGUUACCAAGUAUUUGUAGAUGGUAAACUUCACGGAGAGCCACUACCACGAUCUGCUUUAGAAACCCACGUUAGGGUGAGAACUCUAUCUGCAUUCUGUGGCUUGUCUGACAAUAGAGACCUUUAGAUUCGAGGACAAGAGCAACAACGAGAGCGAAAUUUAACUCGACUUAAGCCCUCUCCUGGUCGCAGAAUGAUAAAACUUCUAACAUUUCCAUAUGCGACUACCUCUCGUAACGGACCACCUCCCAUAAGCGACCACCAAUCCAAAACACGAAAACUUUCCGCGUCAAAGCCUUACAGUUGGAACUUCUAGUAAACGACCACCUUCUGUAAGCGACCAUCACCACUUUUUGGGCCUGACGGUUAAUGAUUUUCCAUUGUUUUUAACCUCUAGUAAGCGACCUUUUGAUGCAUUCUCUAAUCUCUAUGUUCGCUGUGUACGCUUUGCUACUUAUAAUAUACGAAGAACUUUAGUGACAACAUGGAGCUACAAAUGUCGUAACUUAGACAUUGCAUGCAAUAAAUUAUCUUCCUUAAAGUAGAUGUGCCUGGACCUCUCCUCGGAAGAAGCGGCCCUGUGGUUCGAUUCUUCUAAACGACCACCUCCCGUAAGCGACCACUCAGCCUUUGCAUUUUGGGUAGUCGCUUACGGGAGGUUCGACUGUAAUUCCAAACUGACCGCCUCGUUGUUCUCCUGCAGCUUCCGGUAACGUGUCGUGUUAUUGCUGUCCAAACACUCACUGAUCAUCCAGUUGGACCGAGUCCUCUCUCUAAUUCUGUUCAACUUUCUGGUCAUGAA